UCAGUUGACAUGUCACGUGAUCCAAAAAAAAGAGAUGUGAGCAUGUGCAGUUUACUUUGCGGACUACGUUCUUUCCGCGAGACGAAAUAGCGAAAGCAACUGUUUUCAAAUGUUAUUAAAAGGAGUGGAGGAUAAACGAAGGCUAAGACUAGCUGUGUGUUGAUAACGUCUAUGAACUUGUAAAGGGUGUACUCAAGGAUAGAAUACGCAACAUUUACUUUUUUGCGAAUUCGGUUUCAGAUGUGCUGGUGCUGUAGCUAGUUAGCUAACGUCAAAUCAUGUCAACAGAUGCUGGUUAGCUUUAAUGCAUGCUGCAAUCUGACAGUAACUAAGUAGUUGUACACCUGGUGCAACAUGGGACGAAAGAAACAGGGCAAGUUUGUGCGCCCUGACAAUAAGGGCAAAGACAAACGGCAUAAAAUGAAGGGGAAGUCCUUAGAGGCCUUUACAGAAGAAAUGCACACUGCUUUUGAAGCCAGUCUUCACCUAGAGGAAGGAGCAGAGGGCCCUCAGGUGAAACUGCCUUGUCCACUUGCCAUGUGGGAGUUGGGUCACUGUGAUCCCAAACGUUGCACUGGCAGAAAGUUGGUACGCAAAGGGUUCGUCCGCAACCUGCGCCUCAAUCAGCGAUUCAAUGGACUCAUACUAAGUCCAAUGGGGACUAAGUAUGUGACACCAGCAGACAGAGAGAUUGUGGCUCAAAAUGGGUUAGCAGUGAUCGACUGUUCCUGGGCAAAACUGGAGGAGACUCCCUUUAAUAAGAUGGUUGGAACUCAUCCCAGGUUACUGCCUUACCUCGUAGCUGCAAACCCUGUCAACUAUGGCAAGCCUUGCAAGUUAUCUUGUGUUGAGGCUUUUGCUGCUACAUUCUGCAUUGUAGGUUUUGAAGAACUGGCAGUGCUCUUGUUGAAGAAAUUCAAGUGGGGGAGAGUCUUCCUGGAGCUCAAUAAAGUUCUGUUGGACCGCUAUGCUGCAUGCCAGUCUGAGGAAGAGCUGCUCUCUGUAGAGAAGGAUUUUCUCUUGUCGAAACCAGAGGAGGAGGAUUUUGAUCCGUUUGACGUUAAUUCAGGAGUAGAAUGUAGGAAUCUCAACAGACAUCAGUGUGCACCCGAAGAUGAUGAUUCUAGUGAGGAUACGGACACCUCAGAGGAUAACGAAGAUGAAGCAGAAGAUGAGAAAACGGAGAGCAACGAUGAGUCAAGAACAGGAAGGGACUGAAUUAAAGUCAUCACAAUAAAACACAUUUCAACCAAGGAUCCUUUUAAUACAAGUACUGGCAAAACUCAUUUUAACGACUCAUUACUCCCACAUACACUCAAGGCUAUUUUGGGCCUUCCAGUUUUGUAUCAAACAAAUAUGUAAAUGAUACAAUAAAUUGUAUGUUUUUAAUGUAAACACGUACUAAAUAAAAAUAUUUGCAACCUUCA